UGGCAGAGUGCCCCUUUUCACACGUGAACAGGAGGAGGCCAUUUGCACCAUGGUAAUAGAAAACAAUGCAAUAAGACUAAGGGAGAUAAAAAGUGCCAUUAUACAGGACAACAACAUCUUUCAAAACAACAGUCAGCAUCUCAACCAUUGAUAGGGUGCUGAAAAGACACCAAAUGAAUAUGAAGCAGCUCUACACUGUUCCGUUUGAAAGAAAUGGUGAAAGAGUGAAGGAGCUGCGUUACCAAUAUGUACAGCGUAUAAUGGAACUGGAAGCAAGUGAACCACCGCACAGCUUCCUCUACAUGGAUGAAGCUGGCUUCAACCUAACAAAACGUAGAAGGCGUGGUCGAAAUAUCAUCGGCCACAGAGCUACAGUUGAUGUGCCAGGCCAACGGGGCGGAAUCAUAACCAUGGGUUGUGCAAUCUCUGAGAAUGGUGUGCUAACGCAUAUUCCCAUUAUUGGGCCAUACAAUACAGAGCGUCUUGUCACCUUUUUAGACACUCUCUACAGGGAUCUCAUCCCUGAACAAGAGAGGGGUCAGAUUGGAGAUGACCUGCCAAAGUAUGUGAUCGUUUGGGACAAUGUCAGUUUCCAUCGUUCCAACAUCAUCAGGCAAUGGUUUGCUGCCCAUGACAGGAUGCUGAUGGAGUUCCUCCCACCCUACUCUCCAUUCCUUAACCCCAUUGAGGAAUUUUUCUCAGCAUGGAGAUGGAAAGUAUACGAUCGUCAGCCACAUACACAAAUCACCCUUCUGGCUGCCAUGGAUGCAGCAUGUGACGACAUCACAGCAGAUGCCUGCAGAGGCUGGAUAAGACACUCAAAAAGAUUCUUUCCACGCUGCAUUGCAAGAGAAGAUGUUUGUUGUGAUGUGGAUGAGAAUUUGUGGCCUAACAGACAGGAUCGUCAAGAGGUGUAGGAAGAUUGUAAUUCCUUAAUGUAAUUUCUACAGCACCGCAUGUUCAGUUUUUCCUAUGUUCACAUUUAUUCUUUAGGUUUUUUUUGUGUGCUAUUCAGUGCUGUCUUUUCAUUUCUGUAUCUCAAU